AUGGCCAUUCAGAAGAAACACGGAAAGGGGCGUCUCGAUAAGUGGUAUAGAUUAGCCAAGGAGAAAGGAUAUCGAGCCCGAGCUGCUUUCAAGUUAAUCCAACUAAACAAGAAAUAUGGUUUUCUCGAAAAGAGUAAGGUCCUUCUGGAUCUCUGUGCUGCUCCUGGAUCAUGGUGUCAGGUAGCGGCAGAGGCUAUGCCAGCGAACAGUCUUAUUGUUGGAGUCGAUCUCUCCCCGAUUAAACCUAUUCCAAAGGUUAUAACCUUCCAGAGCGAUAUUACUACCGAAAAGUGUCGUGCGACAAUUAGACAACAUUUGAAGACGUGGAAAGCCGAUACCGUACUUCACGAUGGUGCUCCCAACGUUGGAACUGCUUGGGUCCAGGACUCCUUCAACCAGGCAGAGCUUGUCCUCCAGUCUAUGAAGUUAGCAACAGAGUUUCUUGUUGAGGGCGGUACAUUCGUCACCAAGGUUUUUAGGUCGAAAGAGUACAAUAAACUCCUUUGGGUCUUCAACCAACUAUUUACCAAAGUCGAAUCGACAAAACCCCCGUCUUCGAGAAAUGUCUCCGCUGAAAUCUUCGUCGUAUGUCGUGGCUUCAAGGCUCCUAAACAUCUCGACCCAAGGUUCCUCGACCCACGGGCAGUGUUCGCCGAACUGGCAGAGCAGGCCCCGAAUAAUGAGGCUAAGGUCUUUAAACCUGAGGUGAAGAAGCGGAAGAGAGGAGGUUAUGAAGAGGGCGACUAUACCCAGUUCAAGGAGAUUCCUGCAAGCCAGUUCAUUGAGACUAUUGAUCCUAUAGCGAUACUCGGUAGCUAUAAUAAGCUCUCCUUUGAGCAGCCACGCAACGGUGAUGUGGCGCUCGCCGCGCUGGACAAGAUGCCCGAUACUACGGAAGAAAUUAGAAUAAGCUGUGCAGACUUGAAGGUUCUAGGCAGGAGAGAAUUCAAGCUUCUACUGAAAUGGAGAUUAAAAGCCCGCGAGGCUUUCGGUUUGCCGACUAAGAAGACCUCGAAACCCGCCGAGUCCGAAGAGGAGGUUGCGGAAGUCGAACCUAUGGACGAGGAAUUAAAGAUUCAGGAAGAGUUGCAGGCAUUGAAAGAUAAGGACAGCUCCAAGAAGAAGCGUGAACGACGGAGAGAGAAUGAGAAGAAGCAGAAGGAGAUCGUACGGAUGCAAUUGCACAUGGUUGCCCCUAUGGAUAUCGGUAUGGAACAAGUUGGUCCUGCUGGUCCCGACUCUAUGUUUGCUCUUAAGCCCAUCGACAAACACGGAGCUGUCAAUAAAAUCGUAAAAGGAAAAAUGGCCAUCCUUAGUGAGUCAGAGGCUAGGAAAGACAGAGACAGUGGUAUUGGAUCUUCAGGUGAAACGGAUGACGAAGAGGAUGAAGAGGAAGACCGUCUGGAACGCGAACUCGAUAGCAUGUACGAUCAAUACAGGGAACGGAAAUCAGAGUCAGACGCGAAAUACCGGGCGAAAAAGGCCAGGCAAGAGCACGACGAUGAGGAAUGGGAAGGUGUGUCAGCCGAUGAACAACAGUCCAGCGACGAUGGCGAGCUAGAUGAGGAUAGCAGUGACGACUCCGACGAUGAUGACUCGGAGCCCUCAAAACCGCUCCUCACUGAUUUAGAUAACCAGCCAGAGGGAUCCAGCGGGCUUUCUAAACGAGCUGCGAAUUUCUUCAGUCAGGAUAUCUUCAAAGAUAUACCAGGUAUCCUCGAUGAUGAAAUGGACAUAGACGAGGAUGAGUCCUCCAAAGUUCAGAAACCGGUAACUAUAGCAAAGGAGAAGACGAAGGCCAAAAAGGAAAAGUCAAAGAGAGCCAAGGUUGAGGUGCCAUCCGAAUCUGAGGAUGAUCAGGAUGGAUUUGAAGUUGUCAAACAAGAUCAAGAUAUGGAAGAACGCUGGGAAGACGAAGACAAACGCCGAGCUGAUGGGACACUGGAUAUCGACAUCAUCACCGCCGAAGCUAUGACGCUCGCGCAUCAACUCGCCACAGGCCAAAAGACUAACUACGACGUAAUAGACGACGGCUUUAACAAACGCGCCUUCCGGGAUCGCGACGGUCUACCCGACUGGUUUAUAGACGACGAGGGCAAACAUGACAGGCCACAGAAGCCCAUCACGAAGGCCGCAGCGGCCGCCAUCAAAGAGAAGACGCGUGCAUUGAACGCGCGACCCAUCAAGAAGGUCCGCGAAGCUAAGGCGCGCAAGAAGUUUAAGGCGGCGCAGCGCCUCGAGAAGAUCAAGAAGAAGUCGGAUCUGCUAGCCAGUGAGGAGGGCAUGACGGAGAAGGAGAAGGCCGAUAGUAUCUCCAAGCUGCUGUCCAAGGCUGCCAAGAAGAAGCCUAACAGACAGCCUGCUAAGCUGGUCGUUGCUAGGGGUCUAAAUAGGGGUAUUAAGGGCCGGCCCAAGGGUGUUAAGGGCAGGUAUAAGAUUGUGGAUGCUAGGAUGAAGAAGGAGCUUAGGGCGCAGAAGAGGAUUUCUAAGCGCAAGUAG